AAAAAAGGAGUGUAUUGUGCAAGUUAGAGAAACUCGCUAUCCAUUGGUUGCUGCUAUGCUUCUGUUAUCUCAUUGUCCCUGUGUUCAUAUAGGACUUUUAAACUCUGCUCAGUUUCUCAUAGCACUUCUGUGACUACAGCAUGUAUAUCAAGGCAGAUAUAAGAUUUAAAACAGCACACUCUUUGCAGUUGCAUCCUGUAAACCAGAGAAAGGAGUUCUUCAGCAUAUGAAAAAUUAUCUGGUUUCAACCACAGCUUUGUAGCUCAGAGUCCAGCAACUUUACUAACACCACAGUACCCUAUAAAAAGCAAAGAAACUAGACCUGAAGAGAAGGAAGGACAUCAAGAAAACACCUCUACAGUCUGUUUUUAUACUAUGGACCUGGAUCAAAUGAAAGAGCUGAACCUGGAGCUUACACGAUGUGAACCAGAUGAAGUGGAGGGAGUUUUCCUUAUAGAAACAAUACGUGCUAACUGGAAUAAAAUUUGGAACUUCAGAGCUAGACCUGAUGAUCUGCUCAUUGCAACAUAUGCAAAAGCAGGUACAACAUGGAUACAGGAAAUUGUGGAUAUGAUUCAGCAAGAUGGAGACCUUGAGAAGUGCAAACGUGACACCACUUAUAAACGACACCCUUUCAUUGAGUGGUCACUGCCUGAAUAUUUUGGCCCUAUUCCCUCUGGACUAGAAUUAGCAGAAGCGAUGCCUUCUCCACGAACACUGAAAACUCAUCUCCCUGCGCAACUGGUGCCUCCAUCAUUCUGGGAUCAAAACUGUAAGGUAAUCUAUGUGGCAAGGAAUGCCAAAGACAACCUGGUUUCUUAUUACCAUUUCCACAGAAUGAAUAAAAUGAUGCCUGAACCAGGAACAUGGGAGGAGUUUGUAGAGAAAUUUAUGGAUGGCAAAGUGCUUUGGGGUUCCUGGUAUGACCAUGUAAAAGGAUGGUGGGAAGCAAAAGAUAAACACCGUAUUCUCUACCUGUUCUACGAAGACAUGAAGGAGAAUCCAAAGCAUGAAAUCCAAAAGGUGGUGCGUUUCUUAGAGAAGGACCUCAAAAAGGAGGUCCUGGAUAAGAUUGUCAAAUAUACGGCAUUUGAGAACAUGAAGAACAAUCCCAUGGCAAACUACACCAAAGAAUUUGAGGGAAUAAUGAAUCAUUCAAUCUCCCCAUUCAUGAGAAAAGGGGCUGUUGGGGAUUGGAAAAACCAUUUCACUGUGGCACAGAAUGAGAAAUUUGACCAAGAUUAUAAGAAGAAGAUGGCUGGAACCUCUCUGAAUUUCCGCUCGGAGCUCUGAGAAGGGGCCAUGGGGAUCAGUCUCAAAUCUACUAGCGUUUUUCCUUAUAUGAAGCUCACAAAAUACCUGUGCACCUGAAAUUAAUGUUCCCAUAUUUGCCACCUCAGUGAUUUCACAGGGGUGGGCAUCCUCUUACUCUGUGUGAACUUUCAGGCAAAUAUCUAAUUUGAGGUAGAAUUAUGUAACAAAAUCCUUUCAAGAAUUAGCAGAAGUCCCUUAUGAUUUUACCCCCAGUACGAAGAGGGGGUUGGUAUGAUCUCCCUGAUGGAUCAUCUCCCCACUCCGGGUAUUUCCAGAGAUAACCUUUAGUGUUCAUAAAAAUACUUAUGAGGAGCAGGGGGCAGAGGCAAUGAGAUGAGACAGAAGGCACUAUAGAAAUGCAAAAAGCUGUUGUCAUCACAUUGUCAGUGUGCUGUGUAAACCUUAAACAAACCUCACUAUCUUUGCCCACACACACAGUGUGGUAAGUGGAUACUAUCGGCCCCAUUUUUAGAUAGCAAAACAGAGAUGAAUCUGAAAAUGUACAGCAAGUGUAAGGUCUGAAUUUUUACAUUUGGCUUCCUAAGGUUAGGCAUCUGAACCUUGACUGAACAAUCUAACUAAAAUUGGCCUCUUCAGAGGUACUGAGCGCCCACUUAGUGUUAUCAACUAAACAUGAUUUCAGUGCUAAAUUGUGACAUUCUGCCACAGACCGAUGCUGCAGAUGCAGAGCCAUGCUACCUCAGCAGUACAUUGGGAAACACAAUGUCUCCUAGAGCUCCUCAGUUGUAGAGAAGAGCCAGCCCCAGAUGCCUGCUUAGAGGGGGCAUAAGAAUGACAGCUGCCGCACCUGUCCUGACCCCCGUUGCUGUCCCCGAAACA